UUAUUUAUUGCAAAACAUUUUAUCGGCAUACGAACCGAGCGCUGAAUUAAAUUUCGUGACGCUGUUGACUCAAUAGACUUGUACUUAAUCGGUGGCGCUCUCCAAAGCGAGAUUAUUGCAUGUGUCUUUGGGGCUAUAAAAGCGAUGCAUUUAAAUGUUGGAGCUUAUUCGAAUAUUUGGGAGCAAUCAUGGUUAAUGCGAGUAGUGAGGCUUGUGGUGGGGAUGAUGCCUUCAGCACACCGGAAUGGAUAAAUGAGGAUUUCUUCAAGCGCAUUCUCGAAAAAUGCGAAAAUGAAAGUGUGGAGAUUCACAGGUUGCGGCUCUCAUCCGGCACUGCGUCAACUGAUAACUACGCGAGUAUACUGUAUCGUGCUAAGAUAAAUUACUCUCUGUGCUCCCAAGCUACGCAAGAGAAACUGCGUUCAUUUGUGAUGAAAACUGAACCCUUUGUGGAGGGUUUGAAGAAGGAUAAAAUGAAUGAGGUGCCGCUCUUUGAAACCGAGGUGCGAAUGUAUACGAAAGUGUUGCCGAAAAUUGAAGCGAAGCUGCGAGAGUUUAGCGAUCGAACAGUGUUGGCACCAAAGCUAAUUACGUACAGCUUGGAGGCGCCGCGUUACAUAGUGUUCGAAGAUCUUGGUAUCGAAGGCUAUUUGCCCAUAAACAAUCGCCCCUGUAGUUUGGAGGAAAUCAAGUUAGCUUUAAAGAAAUUAGCUAAAAUACACGCAAUCAGCUUUCAAAUGGCACAGACGGAUAACCAUGAAUUAGCCACAUUCGAUAAGACCUUCAUCAACACAAUCGAUAUAGCUAAUUUUCCCGUGCUAAGAGAUGGCAUCAAACUAAUGAAAGAAGUAAUAAGUGAUCAGCCGGAUCUUCGAAAAUAUUUACCACAUUUCGAAAGGGCGGAACUUUUCUUGAUACCGAAGGUUUUAGACCUAUUAAAUGCGCCUAAAAACGGCAAACGUAGUGGAAUUCAAGUAUUGAACCAUGGGGACUUUCAUGUGAAGAAUUUAAUGGUGAAAUAUGUGGACAAUAAGCUGAAGGAGUUAAUUCUGCUCGACUAUCAAGUCAGUAUGUUUGGCUCUCCCGCUAUAGAUUUGCAUUAUGCUUUUACAAUGAUGUACAGCCCGAGCAUGCGAAUGGAGAACAUGGAUGAGCUGCUUUAUUAUUACACAAAGAAUUUCCAAGACACUCUUCACAGUGUGCAAUACAAAGGGCACAUCCCAACCAUUACAGAGUUAAGAGCGGAGAUGCGUGAUUAUAGACACUGGGGUCUUUACUUGGUUUCCACUUUGCUUUGCUUCAACUAUGCCUUCAUGGAGGGCAUUGGAAUGAACGAAAUUGUCGAAUCGGAGGACGCAAGACGUGCAUUACUUACGAAUUCCAAGAUACUGGAUGAACUGCGCAUAUUGCUACCACGUUUUUUGUACUUAGGUUGUUUCGAGGAAUAAUAAUAGUGACUCAACAUGUAUUUCUUAUUUAUAGUAUUGUUGUUAUUUUAUUAUGUUAUUGCAAAUAGCCUAAUUUCAAAUACAUUGGUAGAAUGCUGUGCAA